AUGAAGAAAGCCAACAUGUGGUUCUUGGCGCGGCUUCGGGGGUCAGGGGAGAGGGGAGCUACGGGGGGCGGGGGCGGGGGCGGGGCCGCCGCGGGGCUCCGGCACAGCAACGUGCUCACGCCCGACAAGAUCCCGGACUUCUUCAUCCCCCCCAAGCUGCCCGCCGGCCCCGCGGAGCCGGAGGCGCAGGCUGAGCCGGGGCCCCCGCCCUCGGAGCAGAGCCUGGCCCCUGCCGCGCCCCGCCGCGGCCCCCGGAGCCCCCGGCUGCCCGCCAAGCUGGCCGCCGAGAGCAGGAGCCUGCUGAAGGCGGCCACCAGGCAUGUGAUCCAGAUCGAGAGCGCGGAGGACUGGCCCGCCGAGGAGGCCGCCACCAACGCCGACCCCCAGGCCCGGGGCGCCAUGUCGCUGCCCUCGGUGCCCAAGGCCCAGACGUCCUAUGGCUUCGCCACGCUGGCCGAGAGCCCGCACACACGGCGCAAGGAGUCUCUGUUCCACAGCGAGCACGGCGCUCUGGCCCAGGUGGGCUCCCCGGGCACCCGGCGCCGUCGCGGGGGCGUCAAGGCCGACGGGGCCGAUGGGGCGCCCAGGGAAGCCGGCGGCGCCCUCAUGAGCCCCGGCCGCUGCGUCAGUGGCGGGGAGAGCGACACGGCGUCCUCGGCCGAGUCCUCGCCUUUCGGAUCCCCCCUGCUCUCGCGCUCCGUGUCGCUGCUCAAAGGCUUCGCCCAGGACGGCCAGGCCAAGGUGAGCCAGCUGAAGCACUCGGUGGGCCGCCACGGCUCCCUGUCGGCCGACGACAGCACGCCGGACGCCAGCCCUGGGGCCCGGCGCCGCCGGGCCCGCAGGGCCACCAAGGAGCCCGGCCCCGAGCCCGGCGCGGCGCCCCGCGCGGAGCACGCCGUGCGCAUGGGCCCGCGGGGCAGCGUGCGGCUGCUGGCCGAGUAUGAGGCGGCCCAGGCCCGCCUCCGCGUGCGCCUGCUGGCGGCCGAGGGCCUCUACGACCGGCUGUGCGACGCCCGCAGCAUUAACUGCUGUGUGGGCCUGUGCUUGGUGCCCGGCAAGCUGCAGAAGCAGCGCAGCACCAUCGUCAAGAACAGCCGCCACCCCGUCUUCAACGAGGACUUCUUCUUCGACGGCCUGGGCCCGGCCAGCGUGCGGAAGCUGGCGCUCAGGGUCAAGGUGGUGAACAAGGGCGGCAGCCUCAAGCGGGACACCCUGCUCGGGGAGAAGGAGCUGCCCCUGACCUCUCUGCUUCCCUUCUUGUAA